AAGUAACUUCUCUUUAGGAUUUUGACUGAAAUUAAGGAACUUGACCUUGGCAAAUGCUCAACAUAAAUAACAAACCACAUACAAGAAAUUCCUAGACAUAUAUGCAUUCUAAUCAAAGAUAGAUCUGAAAGAUCAGUACGAUUUCAGUUAUAACCCUUUAAAAUUCAUCUAAUCAGCUCUGUAAGUUGAUUAUAGCUCUAAUUUCGAAUCCAUUGCAGUCCAUGUGAAAAAAUGACAGUUCUGUGCAAGAUUCUGUUUACUUUAUUUGCUUUUGUUACUUGUGCAACGACUGCUAAAGAUGGUUGGGGAAACUCAAGCAAAGCUUUGGAUUCUUCUGCGUCACAGAUAGCAGCUUUAUCAGCUCUUCUGAAGAAGACUCGAGCUGACUUGGUGAGCCUGAUGUCAAGAUUGAAGCACAUGGAAACAAGUCACGUUGCUGCCUUGAGAGGAAGAGAUGGACGAGAUGGGAUUCCAGGAAGAACUGGUCGAGAUGGCAAAGACGGACAUGACGGCCAACCCGGACCACGAGGCCCACCUGGACCAAAAGGAAUACCUGGUAAUGAUGGUAAGAAAGGACCAACUGGUAGUGGAGUCUCGUAUGUACGGUGGGGAAGAGAUGUAUGUCCUGGUGGGACUGACCUCGUUUAUAAAGGUAUCACUGGUGGAGGUAACUUCGAUCAUAUUGGUGGAGGAGUCAACUAUUUAUGUUUAACCCCAAAACCAAAAUACCUUAACUUUAAGAACGGGUUUCAAAGUAGCGGGCGAAUGUAUGGGACCGAGUACCAAGUGAGUGACAACACGGGCUUACUUCCCAGUAACCUUCACGAUCAUGACGCCCCGUGCGCUGUCUGUCACGUGACAACGCGAAGCUCCAAGCUGAUGGUCCCUGGAACAUACGAAUGUCCUUUGGGAUGGCACCGAGAGUAUUAUGGAUAUUUGAUGACGGCAUAUUAUAGUCACAAACGCCCARCCGAUUUCAUCUGUGUGGACGAGAACGCACAAGGAAGAACCGGUACCCACCAAAACAACAACGGCGCCUUGUUGUACCCAGUCGAAGGAGUGUGUGGCUCGUUGCCUUGUGGACCGUACGUUAGUGGCUACGAACUGACCUGCGCAGUGUGCACCAAGUAGAUAUAACGUGUGCAUCAAGUAGUCUUGGUUAAAUAACAUACUUAGAGCAGUAAAUUAUAGUCCGGAAGAUAACAGACAUAAAAUAGCCAUAUUGUUCACUUUUGUGAUAAAAGCACCAAACUUUCAGGAUAUAUAGGUUUUUGGGUUUAGAUUGAGAUUUGAUUAAGACCCACUCAAACUAACGACGCUGAAUAACAAACGUGUUGAAAACGAAAUUAAGUUGCAUUUAAAAAGAAUAAAGUUUCCUAAAGCUGA